AAAAGCAACUUUUUUUGCUGCCCACUGUGACUAAAAUAGAAACAAGAAACCUUCAAUGUUUUGGUUUGGUUUUGAGACAAUCAGUUUUUCCCUGACUACAAAUUUUCAUCAUAUUUCCUGACUUGGUGUUGUUUGAGAAAUACGAGUUUGCGCGACUUCAAACUAUAAUUUUCGUGUUUGCUUUUAAUUCCAACGGUGUUCAGUUAACUGAAUUCCUAUUGAAUACGCAGCAAACUUCCUUUCCAUUUUUCAUCUUUUUCAAUCAAUAAUGAGAACCGUUUUCUGCAAUUAUAAUUUUGCGCCGCGAUAUGUUAUAUUUAUAAAUUUACUGGGCUAUUUGCAUAUUUUAUCUGAGAGUAGUGGUGAAUCAUGCCCUGAGCUGUGCUCUGAUUUUGACCUCGAAAAUGUGAAAUGUUUGGGUCAAGCUGAUCGGACAGCUACUAACAUGGUCCACUGUUAUUGCGACUAUAGCUGCAUGGCAUUUGAAGACUGCUGUUCUGAUUUCUCGACGUUGUGUGCACUUGCUGAGAAUGCGACAGUCGUCAGUCUCAACCAAUCGGUGUCUGGUCUGACCCUUGAACCGAACGAUGUUGGGGGUGACGAAACUGAACGUAGUCCAUGGAAAGAUAGACUGAAUUGCAAUGAAGCCGACGACUGGGACAAUCGCUUCUACGUCGUGAACUCCUGUCCAGACUUGAACAUUACUUGGUCACUCACUGGAGUGGGCUCGUUUGGCCGGGAGAUGUGCAAUGGAUCAGCAGUGAGAACUGGAGAUGUAUUAGAGUCUAUUCCAGUUGUUCACAUUAAUUCGGGCAUGUCAUACAUGAAUUCCUUCUGUGCAGUGUGCAAUGGCAUGUCUCUCAAAGAAGUGAGACUCUGGGAUGUUUCUUACUUUUGUGAGACGGGCUCAAUUGGACCCCCUCCCCAAUCAAGAGACAGAAAAGUGUCCCAACAGGUGGCGAAGAUGUGGGAUAAAAUGGCCAAGAGUUGUGACAGUUUAUUCCGAAUUAAUGUCGAGACAGGAGCAUAUGUGCGUCGGUGUGCUGUAAAUCGCUCUGACACUGCAGGGUUGACAAGCUGUCUGGAAGGGCUUUCCUAUUUCUGGAUGUCAGACAAUGCAGAACUAAAACUUCUAGAAGAUGCAAACGACAGAAGCGAGCAAUGGAAUUUGACCGUACAUGGAGAGCGAUACAGUAUUCAAGUUCUGCCGGGCGAGAAAAUGCGGAUGACGUUCGGACAGAAUUCGAGAUUGUACGAAAUGGACGUCUGUGAUAUGUUACCUCUUGAUGAUCUAUGUUGGUCUGUGUCGAAAACUCCGAAUUGUGUUCAAAGACUCGCCAAGGAAGUUUUUCACUCUAAUGAUUUUGAAAUUCGCGAGCAACCAUUAGGUUGCAAAUUCAACAAAGAUAGCCAUGAACUGGUUAUCAAGAUUGCGUAUUUUACUGGUUGGGCUCUCUCGUUUGUUUUCUUUGCCAUUCUGAUCGUCUUGAAAAGAUCAGCUAUGAAUGACAGGAAAACGAGCUCGUUCGAGACAAACGCGAUGAUUGUUUUGAUAUUCAUUUGGUUUAAACAAGGGUUCCAUUGUGUUAAGUUCUUCACUCGUUGCAGUGUCUUAGCACCCUUCAUGCAUUUCUGUCAAGAUUCGGCGUUUAUGUGGGUUUUCGUGAUGGGUUACGAUUUGCAACUGGAGCGUCGUGAUUUGAUGCCUCCGUUUCUCUACAUGAUGUCAAGCUGGGUUGCACCUCUCCUUGUAACUCUCGUUGGUGCUAUGAUGUCUAUGGGGCGUUUCGGACUCUUCUGGUUGUAUACUUCUACAAAUAUAUGCUGGUAUGCUCCUCUAUACUGGGAAGUACCCUUCAUUGUGGUUCCAAUUGGACUCAAUUUUUACCUUCUGGUCUUAACUGGAGUCAAUAUGUCAAUUGGGUCUUUGUCGAACCCGCAUCAAGUGAAGUACGUGGUCAUGUUUCCGCUCCUCUUCGUGGAAUACAUGUUGACUAUGAUGCCAGCGUAUGUGGACAAUGAAGUUCUGAUGGUGGUGGCGUUGUUUGCACAGUCGUAUAUGGGUUUGGUCCUGGGAGGUGCUUAUUUUGCGCUCUCAAUGAACGAUCAAAACAUAGACGAGAGCCGUUGAGAGUAACUCGACAAUGUAUUUUUUACACAAGUAGUAGAAGAGGGUUGUAUAGUUGUCAAUUUGUCAUCACCUUUGCAAUAUGAUUGCAAAACUUUGGUUCGAAUGGAAACCUAGUUUAGUUUUCCCUGCACAUCAUUUUCAACUGACCAACUUUAGAGUAAGCAUAUCUGUAUUGCAAUAAUUGAAACCAUUCCUUUCUUAUUGUUUUUUAAGUUACGAAGAACAAAUGUUUGAGGACUAUAUCAGGCAAAUAAAUUCUAAGCGUUCUUUGCUUUCUGCGCUCCCAAAAACG